GGGUGACCGUCACGUGACCUGGCGAGGCGGCGGUACUGGGCUGAGGGAAUACCAUGGCCGUCCCUCUUUCCCCCACGCUGGUGCUGGGCGAGGCCUCGGAGAGCGACUCAGAGCCGGAGCCGGGGGGGAACACAGCCGGGACUCCCGCAGUGGGGCUGAAGGUUCCGGGGGAGGCGUCGGAGACCGAGGAGGAGGAGGAAGAGGACAGUGCGGCCCGGAUGCCGCUGCCAGGGGUGUCCAGGGGGGGCCCCUCACUGCUGCAGCAGCGGCUGGGGGCGGGCGAGGGGCGACUGCGGGGCGCAAUGGCUGAGGCACUGGGACGCAGUUUCAGUGGGGCUGCGCGGCUGCUGGAAGGUCUGGGGGGGCCCCUGGGCCACGCCCAAGCUGGGGCAGCUGCGACCGCGCACUGCCUGUGCCUGGUGCGCCGUGACCUGCGCGCUGUGGCUGCCACCGUAGCCACCAUCACCGCCUGUCACCUGCUGCCUGACAUCCGUGGGGAGCUGUGAGAGUGGGAAUGUCUUUGGGGGGGGGGGGGGGCAGUGCUGGCAGCUGUGGGGAGCUCCUGGCGUUGUUGUUGCAGUGUCACUGACACUGACCUUCAGCACUGUGUCCAAUGGACUCGAGGGUUGUGGUUGUCACUGAUGACAUUCUCAUUGUCACUGCAUUACCAGUGCUGUGUCCCCUUGAGCUGAUGCUGCCAUCAACAGCACUGCCGCUGAUCGCUCAGUGUCCCAGCGAUGUCCCUGUGUCACCUGGCCUGUGGGGACCUUGGCCUCACAGUGACGUUGUCAGUGAAUGGAAGCUCCUGACGAUUGAUUGAUGCAGAAUUCUGUAGUUUUGCCCUGUAUAGGGGAUCUGUGGGUUCUGGCACUGACUAAAGCCCUUUGGAGACAUAGCUGCAGCAAGGACACAGCUUUCACUAGGUGGGUGGCAGUGUGUUCACCCACGGCACUGUGGUCCCAGUGGUCUGAGCAAGGUCCCUUUUGUUGCCCCCCAUGUCCUUGGGCUGUGGUUGUGUCCUGUGCGUCCCUUCCUGCCAUAUGAAUGUCUCCAGCAUCUGGCCACUGUCCCCAAGCUGUGGCUAUGUCCUGUCACCCUAAGUGCCCCUUGGCCUUGUCCUUAGCUCUCUCCUACCUCUGUGUACCCCUCUGAGAACUUCAGCCAGGGACAGGGAGAAGUACAUACGAAUCUCACACCACGGAGCCACAUGGGUCUGUCACGCUGCAUCCUGCCUGGGCUGUCACGUCCUGUGGGACACCAGGGGAUACACCCUGGGUGCUAGUGGGCUUGUGGCACCAAAAUGCCCGGGGCCUGAUGAGGGUCCUGGGGGCUCCUGGCGUCUCCAGAAGGGUCCCAACUGUCCCCAGGGACUGACCUGAGGGGUAGUGGAAAACCAGGAUGAAGGUUCACUUUCCCCAUUCCCCUGUGUUGUGGCAAAGGGGAAAGGUUUUGUGAAGAGCACAGUGGUGUUGGAUUCUGUUCAUAAAGAUUCUAGACCUCAGUUCCCUUCCCGUAUCCAAAUUAGAAUGAAAGAUAGUAUUAACAAUUCAUCUUCUGAGGAAGAACCUCUGAGCACUUGUAACUGGCAGUGCUUUGAUAUUCUAGGUAACCUGUUCCAUAAGGAGUGCUGGGUGAUGCUGACUGAUACUGUCAAUUGUGAGCAUGCUCCACAGAAAGUUUCCCUCUGUGGGAGUGAGGAAACAAAAUGUGGUGAUUCAGUACUGUGGGGUUAUUAUGAGGUUACUAGAGUCUAGGAUUCUAGAGUCUGAGGAUUCUAUGAAUUGAUUAUUGGAGGAUUCUAUGAGGAUGCUAUGAGGAUACCAGCUCCUGUGAUUAUAAGUUCUGUUAUUUCAGAUUCUGUGAUCGUUUCAUGAUUCUAGAUUCCUUGACUCUGUGAUGAUUCUGGGCUUCAGUUGUGUGGUGAUUCUGAUUCCUCACUAAGAGUAUAGAUUCCCAGACUUGUAGCUACGCAAUACGAUGCGUUUCCAUCUCCACUCCUGUGCAUAGUGUGUGGCAUAGUUCUGAGUGCCUGACACAGCCCAAGCAAAAUCAAUUUCUGUAGGUUAUUACUAAAUAAAUAAAUAAAUCAAUAAAUUUCUUGCUUUAGUUUCUGCUCCCUGAUCCAUUUAUUUAUGUUCUCCCUUGCUUCAUAUGUAACUUCCAAACUUGGCAUUUUGCAGAUAAUACCUUUUCCCCCUUUCGUCCUUUGGUGGCCCCUAAUGGUCUCUUCUUUCUCAGUUAGAACAGUUGUCAUGAGCCUAUUCAUAUAGGAAUUUGGGACUGGAGUUCACUCCGUGACUCUUAUCAUAGUUGAUGUCCCUAGUUGCUAUCGUGCAGACUUCACCAAUUUAUAACAGAUGGAUACAGCUACGAUAUACACUCCUAAGAGGGAAGCAGGAAUGUAUAUUUAUUGAUGUAAUGUAGAUAUGCUGUAGUGAUAUGACAGUGACUUAACAAGACUGGAGAUGGCUGGAUACACUUGGUUAUUUUCCACAUAGAGGGCAGGAUUAAACACACACCUACAGGACGCUCUCCUUCUGUGUCAUGAGGAUCAGAGCAGACCCCGUUGCUGUCUGAACUCUUCAAACCACAGAGGUAAGGAUCCUCAGCACAGCUGGAUCCACUCCUUGUCCCAGACGCGUUCAAGAGUUUGUGUCUAAGGGAUCCUAUGUGCACAAUCAAAGAUAUAACCGUAGUGGAGCUAACAAAGCCCACCCAAACUACUAGUCACUUACUGAGGAUCCGUAUCAACAAGGUGUCUUGACAUCAAGGUGGAAAGGAUCUCUGUGCAGGUGUAACCUCAAGAGGCAUGCCUGCUCAAGGGGAGAGCUGUUCCUCUGUGCAGGAGAGCUCAAGAGGUGCUUGUGCUGCUGUCUAUUUUGGUGGUAAGAUGAUUGACUCAUUGCCGUACUUUAUUUUUAGGCAUAUGCUCAAUUGGCCCUCAGAUGUUGAGCCAGAGGCCUGCUGUCAGUUCUUUCAGCCUCCCAGCUUGAGGCAGUUUUGUGAUCUUUAGUCUGGUUUAGCUAGGAGUGUUGCUCACUGUCUUCCUGUGCAAGGCUGAGGGAGGAAGGUGGGAGAAAGGAAGAAAGGGGGAGGGGGGAGCACACCAUCACACUGGCUUUGCUGGGAAGGAAGGCUGGUAAGAGCAGGUCUGCUGGUCUGAGUCCCAGCCUGCUUUUACCCCCAGGAAAUGCCCUGCAGGUGGGCUGGCGAGGGUGGGGGUUGGGCAGGAAUUGCUGCAUUUCCUCCCACAUCUCCUGCCAUUUCUCUUGUCCCAGCAGGCUCCAGUUUAACAUGUGCCUGCAGCCUGCAGCAGAGCAGCACAUGGCCACUGCAUGUCCAUCUUAGGCAGGGGCUGGGGGAAGCAGCCAGGAGAGGGCAAGGGGCAAGAGAUGGGAGUGCGGGGGGAGAGUGUCCUUCAGUGUCCUUCAGCCAGCAUUUGUGUGCUGGGAACAGAAGCUGCUGGGACUGGAGUUUCUCUCCUCUCCAAGCUGCUUCCCUGGGCUUUGGCUGUGCCCAGAAAGGAGCACUUGCAGGAGCCCGUGGCCUUUGCAGAGGUGGCCAUGUAUUUCAGCAGGGAGGAGUGGGCAUUGCUGGACUCUGCGCAGUGUGUGUGCUGUACUGAGGUGUGAUGCUGGAGACUAGCAGUGCGUGGCCUCGUUAGGUGAGGGCUUUGCUGGUGCUCCUUCUUAUUAGAGCACCUCUGGCUGUGCAGAAUGAGCCUCUGCAAGCAGGACGUAGAAUAAAUGCAGUGGGGUUACUUAUUGACCAGUGCAACAGCAACGAAAGAAACCUAUACUUUUCUGCUGUUUAUUUCCCAUAAACGUUGUUGAAGCCUUGGUAAACAAAACAUCCUAAAGGGAACGUUGAAGAAAAUGUCCCUGCAUCAUUUUCAGAGAUGUAAAAGGUGUGCUGGGCUCCAAAGGGAGUCGGUAUGUAUUGGGCCGGUGUCAUUCAGAAUUAAAACAGGGACAUGCUGACAUGCACCAGAGUGGGCUCAUGCUUGACAUCUUGUAAACAGGGUUGAAAAGAAACCUCAAAAUAAACACACGUCUACAAAAGCUGCCCUCCCCUCCAAAAUCAGCACAUUUUGCACAGCCAGAGGUACCUUCCCGGUCUUCUGUCUGUUGGCAGUUUUACUUCAUCUGUUUUUUCUUCAGAUCACAGCAGUGUGAGUCUGACUGCGUCAGCGGAAGAGCUGCCUUCAUGGAGGUGCAGGUGCAGUCGGCCGUUGUGGAAUUCAUCCUGAACCACACUCUUCCACUCCAAAUCCAGCCCAGUCAUUGGAGAUGGAGGAGCAAGCACAGUGUAUUUGGAUGCUCUGCUUCCAAAAGUGCAACAGCAUCUGGAGACCCAGGUGGGACCCCACAGGUGACGGUCCUCUCGGCACCAAGUGUCCAGUUGCCAGCAGCAGGCUUGGAAGCACGCUACGUGUGGGAAAUAUACUUGGUGCAGGAAAGGGGAUGUCCUUAGCCAAGGUGCUGGAAAGCUGAAGGAAAACAGAUGAAACUGCAGAUCUAUCAACAAAAACGCUUUGCUCUGUGCGACGCUCACUGUGGCUGCAGCGGUGGUGUUGGAAGCAUGGUGCGAGUGUGGGGGGCCAUGGCCCCUGCCCGCUUUGUCCUCUUCCUCCUACUGAUGGCCAUGUGUUUCCGGGAGACCUGUGCUGCUCCGUGGCGAGCACCGGGAGCAGGAGAUGAACUUGGUGCUCCCUUUCCGGAUGAUCGUUUGGAUCCGGAUUUUGUGCCUGUGCCUCUGGGACAACCCAGAGGCCCUGCUGGUGAAUCAGCAGAACAGAAUCCUGCCUCUGAGCCUGAAGGGGAUGCUGGAGAUGUGACUGGAGGAGGUGAUCCAGGUUCCGCUCUGAGCUCUGGGACUGAAACUCCGGCAGAUCGCAUGGGAGUGCCCCCAGGGAGGGCUUUGCCCGGUCAUGUGUUUCCUCCUGCGCUGGAGCCCAGCUGGAAUCCCAGCGGUCCGGAAAAAGGAAAGGAUGAACCCAAAAGAGGAGAAUACUCCCAGGGCUCAUCCCGUCUCCUCAAGGAACUGGUGAAGGAAAUGGAGAAGGCAGCGCGUGGAACUGACCAACAAAGUGAGCAGGAUGCACUGCAGGAAGGCAGCCAUCCCACACUGCCAGUCUUGGGCAAAGGAACGCAGGCAGCGCCAGCAACUGUCAUGCCAGGGAUGAAUGCCGGGACGAGCACAAAGGCUGCUGUUGGCAGAUCUGCGCGAAGGCGCCACAUUGCAGCGAUGGUACUGUUCUCAGCUGUGCUGCUGUCUGCGCUGGUGCUGGCCUGUGGUGCUGUGAUAUGGAUGUGCCAAAAAUACGUAGUGUGCAAGAGAGAAGAGAGAGCAGCAGAGCAGGCUCAUCCUGAUACCAACUAGGAGAGAGUUCCAACUGGAGACGAGGGCAGAACGGAGCUGGGAGAGGCAGCCGAAGAGACUCUUGCCCCAUCAAAGAAGAAUCUCAGCCAUCGUCCCAGUGCAUUCCAUUCUGCCAUCCAAGAGGCCAAAGGUCUUCAAAGUCAUCUGGAAGACUUGGAGCUUGAACUCAAAGCCGUGAAAGAGGUCCACGGGAACAGUCCUGAGUGCUGCUUUCUGUCAGGGGACGGCCCUGAAAGUGAGAGCGGAGAACCAGCAGCAGAGCUUUUGUCCUUCACCCUGCAUUCUCUGGGACAAGCAUCAGCAACAUUUCAAAGAUUCUUAGCUCGGCACAGCUACAAUCCUGUUGAGGGUCCUAAUGAGGAGCCAGAAAGCGAGCUUCCUCUGACCGCUGGACAACACCUUAACGUCUUUGGAGCUGUGGAUGAGAAUGUCUGGUUUCAGGGAGAGCUGACAGAUGGCACAAGAGGACUGGUCCCAUCCAGUUUGGUUGCGGAGGUUUCAGAUGAUGAACUGGAUACAACGAUGCCUCCGGAGCUCUGUGCUCUCCUGCUGGAUACUUGAUGAAUAAGUGGAUGCAGAGAUUCCAUCAUGCAGCAACAUCCUGUCAAAAUUCCUGCGUUACUCCAUCUGCAGGACUACCCCCCGCUCCACUUGAUGUUCAGGUGGAGUGUGUGCAGGACGUGGAUGAGCUUCUUUGGGAACACUCUGAGGUGACUGACAGUGUAACUGCAUAGUCUUGUGGUAUAUUAAACAAACAAACAAACAAACACCACCCACAAUAAAACAACCAACCAACCAACCCAAAAAGCGCUGCUCUUUUUCUUGGAUACACUGAGGUGAUCCUUUUUCUAGCUGAGACUUUGCAAUGAGUCUUGAAGCAGAUUUGAGCCGGUAGAAGUUGGCAGUGUCUGCAUUCCGUUCUCCUGAUUUCCUUGCUGGUCAGAGUUAAGGUGCCAUGCAUCCAUUCCCCAGCCCUAGCUGUCUCCUGAAUCAUGAGAACAGCCUUUCCAUAUUGUGGAAAGAACUGGAGUGGAUUCACGCUGAAGGACAAGAUGCUUGCAGACACGUAAGCUCAAGAGGAGAAUGCAGAGUCCACGGAAACUCACUGCCAAACAACGAUGAGAAAGUAGAAUAGGCUCCUGUUGUUGAAGAUGGGACGGUGAAACAGAUGUCUCAGCUCAACACAACGCCAGUAGGAGCUGGUUCGGGCUACCCCCCCUUAAAAGGUCGGAAGUUCACAGCGAGGUAGACUACGAGCCUUCAUCCACUGACCGCCAGAGACCCCCACCACAUUUUUAGGACGCGUGCUCAAGAGGGUGGGACAAUACGUUAAUAGUUUCUCAGAAUUCCAGCCCAUUUUUGUGGAACGUAAUGAAUAUGUGGAUGUUAUGUCUGUAAGCAUGUAACCAGUGCUUUUCUCUGUGUGCGAGUUAGGAGGAGAUAUCCUCCCCCGCACCCGGCGCCGUAAUGAGCGUACCUGCUUUGUAACCUUACGUGGGUUCCAGAGUUUGAUUCCACACGUCACUCCCUUCACUAUUAAGAGGACAAAGAACUUCUGGCACAGAAGGAUGCCCACCUGCAAGGCUCAAAUUGCACGCUGCUUCCUCCCUCUCUGCUCAGUAAAACUCUGUGUUGGGCUCAUUUGGAA